AUGGAUAUGUGGACAAGGGCACCUGCAGAUUCUGUGCCUAAUAAGACAGCAGCGGCGGUGGGUCUGGAGCGAUACAGAAAUCUUGGUGCGGUGGAGCUUUUUCAAAUUUGGAGGCCUGAAGAAAUCAACUGGAGUGAAAUAUCGACAAUACCAAACUACAGGGUAGCGGAACAAUGCCUGAACACAAACUACUAUGGUACCAAAAGAGUGAUUGAAGCACUUUUGCCGCUCCAAGAAUCGUUAAUUUUUCUUCCGGUGUUGAAUUUUCCAAAUGGAUGGGCUAAAGAGGUACUUAGUGAUGCCGAGAGACUUACAGAAGAGAAAAUAGAUUCUGUGUUGAUUAGAUUUUUAGAAGACUUCAAAAAAGUAGACACCGAAGUCUGGUUUCCUAUUUUUCCACCCUACACAGUGUCAAAGGCAGACUUGAACAGAUACACUAGGAUUCUGGCCAAGAAGUAUCCAAAUUUCUGCAUCAAUUGUGUGAGCCCUGGAUUCGUCAAAACAGAUAUAACCUUCAAUGUUGGCAACUUAACCAUCAACGAAGGUGCUGAAAACCUCGUCAGGUUGGCGCUACUUCCCAACGGCGGUCCUACUGGCCUCUACUUUAGUCAGAAAGAAGUUGCUUCUUUUUUAGUACUUAAUAGUUUAUGCACAAUGUAA